CGGGGGUCGCGGUCCCUAGCGGCUUCCUGCACGGAUGAGUGCUUAGGAUUCCAUGUGUUUUUGCUGAACUUGUAAAGGAGACACCUGGAUGGUGGAUUAACAAGAACACUGACCUGUGGGCAGCCUCAACUGAGAACAUUGGAUUUUCACCCUAGUCCAGCAGCUCUGCUGCUCACAUAGAUGCAGAUGAAUGAAGACCCCAUUCGGGAAGACACCUGGCCAGCGGUCCAGAGCUGAUGCAGGCCAUGCUGGAGUCUCUGCAAACAUGAUGAAGAAGAGGACAUCUCAUAAAAAACAUCGGACCAGUGUGGGACCAAGCAAACCUGUGUCCCAGCCCCGGCGGAACAUCGUAGGCUGCAGGAUCCAGCAUGGGUGGAGAGAGGGCAACGGCCCUGUCACCCAGUGGAAGGGGACUGUCCUGGACCAGGUGCCUGUGAACCCUUCCCUGUAUCUCAUAAAGUACGAUGGAUUUGACUGUGUCUAUGGACUAGAGCUGAACAAGGAUGACAGAGUCUCUGCACUUGAAGUCCUCCCUGACAGAGUUGCAACAUCUCGGAUUAGCGAUGCACACUUAGCGGACACAAUGAUUGGCAAAGCGGUGGAGCAAAUGUUUGAAACAGAGGAUGGCUCUAAAGAUGAGUGGAGGGGGAUGGUCUUGGCACGGGCACCUGUCAUGAACACAUGGUUUUACAUCACCUAUGAGAAAGACCCUGUCUUGUACAUGUACCAGCUCCUAGAUGAUUACAAAGAAGGCGACCUCCGCAUUAUGCCCGAUUCCAAUGAUUCACCUCCAGCAGAAAGGGAGCCAGGAGAAGUUGUGGACAGCCUGGUAGGCAAGCAAGUGGAAUAUGCCAAAGAAGACGGCUCGAAAAGGACUGGCAUGGUCAUCCAUCAAGUAGAGGCCAAGCCCUCUGUCUAUUUCAUCAAGUUUGAUGACGACUUCCAUAUUUACGUCUACGAUUUGGUGAAAACAUCCUAGAUGUCAUCACAAACUCUGCCAAAUUUGUGGAACUAUUAAAUGUAUAAUUUGUAGACAUAAA